AACUCUCAUCUCCUUCUUCCCUCUCUUUUCCCACUUUCAUUUAGUUGUUAGUCUAGUGCUUGAUAGUGUUGGUAUCAAUGGCGGAUAAUGGUGCCUCUAACUCUCAGAGGAUGUGGUGUUCGAUACCCGAAAAGUUCCAGCUGCACGCCGCAAUGCUGGCGUUGCAGUUUGGGUAUGCCGGGUUUCAUGUAGUCUCUAGAGCUGCCCUUAACAUGGGAGUCAGCAAGCUUGUGUUUCCUGUCUAUAGGAACGUCAUAGCUUUGCUUCUCCUCCUUCCUUUUGCCUAUUUUCUUGAGAAGAAGAAGAGGCCUGCUAUAAAUCUUUCGUUCUUGGUUCAGUUCUUCUUACUAGCACUGGUUGGGAUAACAGCAAACCAAGGAUUCUACUUGCUGGGUUUGGACAACACGUCUCCCACCUUUGCGUCCGCUGUUCAGAAUUCUGUUCCAGCUCUCACUUUCCUCAUGGCUGCACUUCUCAGGAUAGAGAAGGUGAGAAUCGACAGAAAGGAUGGUAUAGCGAAGGUGCUGGGAACAGCAUGCUGUGUAGCAGGGGCCACAAUUAUUACAUUAUACCAAGGUCCAGUCAUAUACUCCCCCACCAAAGAACUCCAUGAUGCCACGCCAGUGCUUCUCUCAUUAGGAGAUGCCAAUGGCAAGAACUGGACCUUGGGCUGCAUCUUCCUUAUCGGACACUGCCUGUCGUGGUCCGGUUGGCUAGUUCUGCAGGCCCCCGUUCUUAAGAAAUACCCAGCAAGACUCUCAGUCACCUCUUACACUUGCUUCUUUGGGUUGAUACAGUUCAUUAUAAUCGCUGCCAUCUUUGAGAGGGAUUUUGAGGCUUGGAAGUUCCAUUCAGGUGGUGAGCUCUUCACUAUUAUGUAUGCGGGAGUGGUAGCAUCAGGGAUUGCUUUCGCUGUACAGAUAUGGUGCAUUGAUAGGGGAGGCCCGGUGUUUGUAGCAGUUUAUCAACCUGUUCAAACUUUGGUUGUCGCUAUCAUGGCCUCAUUUGCUUUGGGAGAACAAUUCUACUUAGGAGGGAUCCUUGGGGCAGUACUGAUCAUAGCAGGACUAUACCAAGUCUUGUGGGGAAAGAGUGAGGAGGCAAAAUUUGCAAAGGCUGCAAUCCUGUCUUCUGCAGAGCAUGGCAACAACAGAACAUCAAGUCAAUCGAAAACCCUUACUCAACCACUCCUUCCCCCAUCAGAAAAUGUUUAGUGGCCACAAUAACAUAAACCUCGGAUUGUUGGCUCUGGUCAGAAAACAAGCAAACUACUACUACUGCGUCAAGGGAGUUUGGUUUUUUUGGUGUGUAUGAAGUUUUCAUUUAGUGUCUUCUCACUAGGAGAUGAGCUAAAAGGGAGGAAAAAAGGAAUAGGUAUUAGGGAUGAAUGUGAUGAUUGUUACCAUCUCUUAAGGUGUGUACCAAGGGGAGCUUAACCCCCCACACCCCCACCCACUCCACGCUUUUACAUCUUAAUUAAUGGUUUGAUUUACAAGGAAAGAAAAUGCACUUGCAAAAAAAAAAUAUUGUGGCAUGCCAGAUGUAUGGACCCAUGUCCAAUUCCUGUCUUAAACACUAUUAAUGCAUAAUCUUUUUCAAA